CAUGAGGGUGCUGCCCGUCGUCGUGGGUGCUUUCCUCUUCUGCUGGACACCUUUUUUUGUGGUCCACAUUACCAGGGCUCUCUGCAAGUCCUGCACCAUUCCCACCCAAGUCACCAGCACUGUCACUUGGCUGGGUUAUGUCAACAGUGCUCUCAACCCCAUCAUUUACACCGUGUUCAACGCCGAGUUCAGGAACUUCUUCCGCAAAGUCCUGCACCUCUUCUGCUGAGCACUGGCGGCGAGGAGGAACCACCAGCCUGGGUUUUGUAGGGUCAUUAAAGAGCUGUUUCUGC